AUUUGGUGAUCAAAGGUGCAAAAAGGAAGGGAAAAAAAUGUAUCUUAAAAAUUUAGUAUUUCAGAUUAUUUAUAUUCUGAUAAAUUUUGCAUUACGCAGUACCUUUGGUGAAAGCACUUCUUAUUGUCAGAACUUUAAUGUCCAAGUUCGUAGAUUUGGUCUUAAAAAUGGCUUUCACAGGGACCUAUUGACUGUUAUGGAAUGGGAUGGAUUGAAGGCUUGUAAAAUAUUGAUAGAAGAGACUCUUCCAUGUGGGAUUUAUGUUGAUGUGGAUCAGCUUGCWAACACUGCAAAUCAUUCCACUUCAAAGGUUGUUAGUAAAGAAAGAGUUAAUGUUGAGUCACCAGCUGACAAAGCUGAUUCUCAGUAUCUACUGGUUUACCCUUCUGACAAGCCUUCUGAACUGAGAGAAAACCAUUUUCGACUUUCUGUCAAAGUACCAUUUCAUCUGAGAUACCAUCAGCCUGUUCCUGGAAAAGCUUUUGAAUCAGUGCUACUCUCACCACCAAGCAUUUUGAUCAAUUGUGCUGAUACUAGGAUCCUAGAGCGUUGUAAACACAGAACUGUGAAAGCACCUUGCGAUGAAACAGAAAAAGAAUUAUGUGAAUGGAUAGAUCCAACAAAAGAAAAAGGAUCACAAGAACAUCUGGAAUUUAAAGUUCCUAUAGGAAUGAUGAG